GAGUCCUUCGCGCGUGCGCCACCCCACCGACUGUCUUACGGCCCAUUUCCUCACGCGACGCUCUAUGCGUAUUCCGAUGACCUGCAGAGAGACGGCUUCCCGCGCGAGCCGCCGACGUGCGCGUGCGCCCCGGAACCGCAUCCGUUCGUGACGCACGAUGUGAAAGAGGACGACUGGGCGAGCUUCUUAGAGGACUUGAAGGGUGCUGGGGGCCUCACUCCUGUUAAUUCGAUCGUCGCUGGCGCUGCGCCCAUCGCAGUGCUGAUGGAGAUUUCGAUAGGGUUCAUUGCGGGCCAGGCGCUGCGUGCGCAUGUCAAAAGCAAGCGGAAGAGCCCUGUCGCAGAUAUGAUUGAUGAAUGGAACAGGAGGUUCUUUCACCUACGCUGCAUGGAUGUUGUCCUCGCGCAAGGCACAGUCGCCUACACAGGCGCUGCUGACGCUCCACCGCUAGAUAUGGCG